GCGACAAGUUUGCAAAUAGAGUUAAAGUUAACAAGGAUGCGGGGUGACUGACACAUGUUUCCAAUGAUUGGGAGCACACAGUCCGUCGUUACUGUGUCAUUCUGUUCAAACACACAACAGAGGCAACAUGAGGCUGCGGGCCGCCGUGCUGCUGCUCGCUCUGAUCACACUCACUUUGGCUGCUGAUGAGUCCUGUAUGAAUCGCUGUGAGAAUGGCUUUGACUCUCUGAGGACGUGCCAGUGUGACUCCAUGUGCAAGUACUACAAGAGCUGCUGCUCCGACUUUGAGGUCACCUGUGGCAUGACGACUCGUGGAGACACUUUUGACUUAGCAGAGGACGAUGAUGAUGAAGGCCCCACUCAAGCCCCUGGACUGCCUUUACCAGGCCAGUCUUUCACCUCCCGCAGCCGUCAGCAGGAGCCCACACGGCGACCCGUGUCAGACUUCAGACCACAGCAGCGUCCAGAAUCCACACUAGAAAUGACCAGACCCCCUCGACUGAUGGAUGCCAUUCUUCCGAGAAUCCCCGCCAUACAAAUUCCACUCAUUUCACAACUGAUCCCGGAAUCCACCGACACUCCUCAACCCACUGAGGCUGAAACAGCAGCUGAGACAACCACUGUUCCUGUGACAACGGCCACCACUGAGGCCCCUGACCCAGACUCAAAAGUCUGCAGUGAGCGGCCUUUUGACUCCUUCAUGCAGCUAAAGAAUGGCUCCAUUUAUGCCUUCAGAGGGGACUACUUUUUCGAGUUGGACCAGAAGUCGGUUCUUCCUGGUUAUCCAAAGCUCAUAAAGGACGUGUGGGGGAUCAGUGGGCCCAUUGAUGCUGCCUUCACCCGGGUCAACUGUCAAGGGAAGACUUAUAUCUUCAAGGGGAACAAGUACUGGAGGUUUGAUGACGGUGUGCUGGAUGACGACUACCCUCGAGAUAUCAGUGUGGGCUUUGAUAAGAUUCCUGAUCAUGUGGAUGCAGCGUUUGCUCUGCCUGCUCCUGGUCACAACGGGAAAGAGAGGGUGUAUUUUUUCAAAGGGGAUCAGUAUCACAUGUACGAGUUUCUGCACCAGCCAUCUCAUGAGGAGUGCGUCUCCAUGUCUGAGAGGUCUCCCUCCACUCUGUUCAGACAUUACACUGAUGUUUACUACAACAACUAUGAGCGCUUCUUCAGUGAGCUUUUCUCUGACUUGCCACAGCAUCACGACAAACACCAUUUCAUCGACAAGGACUGGAAGGGCCUCAAGUCUCCCCUGGAUGCUGCCAUGGCGGGCAGAAUUUACGUCACACCACCAAGAUCCCGCAACGACUACUUGCCUGAUCAGCAGUGGAAUCAACAGCAAGGCCAGCAGUGGAACCGGCAGUACCAGCAGUACGGGCAGCAGUGGGACCAGCAGUACGGGCAGCAGUGGGGUCGAAGGAGGCAGAGCCGUUCUCCCUUCUGGGGUACCAUGGCAGAGCGGGGGAUGAACAUGGGUCAGGAGUUUGCAGAACGGGGGAUGGAAAUGGGUCUGAGGUUGGCAGAGAGGAGGAUGGAGAUGGAAGAGAGGCUCGGCAGGGACUGGGACAGGCAAGACUGGGACCAGGACAGACGGAGGGACAGUAACAGACAGAACAACAGAGGAAACUAUGAUUCCAGAGGGGACAGGUCUCACUGGGAGGUGGUCCAGAGGAGUCUGCCCAUACAGAGCGUCUACUUCUUUAAAGGAGAUAAAUACUACAGAGUGGACCUGAAGACCAAGAGAGUCGACCCCGCCAUGCCUCCAUACCCCAGGUCCAUCGCCAAGUACUGGCUUGGCUGCUCAGGCACCACCGGGGCAGAGAAGUAGUCGAAGAUCGUUUCAGUCUUUGUACAAGAUGUAUUAGAAAAGUGUGUCACACAUGUUCAGUGUAAUAAACAACUAGCUGAUCUUUAGCUUCAGUAAAUAUUGGAGAUCAAUGGUCAAAGUCCAGCUGGUUGGUUUUCUGAAUUGCGUUGUGAACAUCAGCUGACCUGCUUAUUAAACUGAAUUCACUGAAAAUAGUCUUGAUUGUGUAUUUUAGUAAAUAUGUUAACACUCAUACUACUAUAUACUUAUAUUACUUUAUGCUAUAGCACCGUUUACAGUAUAUAGUUGUGUUUUACUACACUUCAUUUAUAUAACAACUUUGGACACUGUUAGUGUGCAGAAUACUUUCAUAAAUACAGAUAAUCAACUUACAAAGCACAGUACAACUUCUAACUAAUCCGUUUAUAAAGUAGUUAAAGAUCUCUCCACCUCAACCUGCUGUGAUUUAAAAAACGCUGCUUACAUCGGAAGAAAGACUUAAACAAUGUGAUUCAAAUUAUUGUUUAUCUUUUACAAAAGUGUCACUUUGCCCAUUGUGUUUAUACUUUUAUGAUGUUCAGUUCAUUUGCUGUUUAAACUUUAGUAUUUUGGGGCACUGAUAGCCCAGCGGGUAUGUUGUGCGCCUCAUGUACAGAGGCUAUAGUCCUCGUCACAGAAGCCGCGUGUUCAAAUCCGACCUUGGCCCUUUGCUGCGUGCCAUCCCCCACUCCUUCACCUCCCAAUAUUUCCUGUCUCUCUUUAGCUGUCUCAUCUAAUAAAGGCAAAAAGGCAAGAAAAAUAAAUUUGAAUACAGGAAAUGUAUUCCUUUAAAGAGUAUUUUUACAGAUUGGUAUUGUUACUUAUAUUAAAUAUAAAUAUAUGUACUUCUUCCACCACAGCACUGUGUACUCUACAGUUCAGGGAGGUGUAUCUAUAAACUAGAACAUGUUUAUUUGCUUUAUCAGUUGUGAACAUAGAUACAGUUAAUAAUGAGAAAAAUGAACAUUCAUAACAUGAUACAGGUAUUAUACGAUAAAGGGACAUACGAUCUUAGUGUAAAGUUGUACAGUUGUCCCCUUGAAUGUAAAGACAAAUCUGUAGUUGUAUUAAAUGGUGGGUGUUUUGUGUCAACAGCAAAGGUCAGGAUGUAGAUGUGGAAACAUUUUUUAACACUUCAUGAUAUCUUCUGCCUGCUAUAAGAGGGCAAAAACGUCUACUACGAUACACUGUUAAUGGAAUUAUAUUGUAUUUUAAAAGCUUUAAACGUAUCUUAAGGAUGUAUCGUGUACUCAUUGAGUAAACACAGUCUGUUCUUAUUGUGUUUUUCAUCCACGACCAAUAAAAACAUGAGAUCA